CGUUUCGACAACUGGUACUUGAACCCAAACACCUUGCUAUCCCACACCUACCCAGUCAAGAUCCCAUCAAACCGACACAAUGAAGCUGUCUUCCUCCCUCUUCUUCGUCGCCCAGAUGGCCGGCACCGCGUUCGCUCUGAGCGGCGAUGGAGCAAAGUGCCAGCUCAACAUUGAGUGCCUCAGUGGCUACUGCAUGCCUCACACCGGCUCGUCGGAAUACGUCUGCUGGGGUCAGCGCCGCAAGGGAGAUUGGUGCAAUGUCAACUACUCCGGAACUGUGUGCAACAGUGGAUUGACGUGUAAAUCUUACCAAGGGAGCUGGUUCCUUGGCAAGUGCACUUAAUGUCCACAUUGAUAGCUUUACAUAUAACAUAUCACAAAAAUAGUCGAAGUGAUGAUGGAUCAGUCGAUACAAUAAUGAAUAAAACCUAGAGGGCUCAGAUAUCUUGAUGAUCUAACGUUCAGCUAGAGAGGCUUACAUCUCAACAAUGUGCCGGGGCGAGAAUUUGUACC